AGAAUCAUUUCCUCUGCAAGUGCUGGAAUCCAUCAUGGCGAAGUCAGUGGUCCUCAGCGAAGGGAAUUCCACUCUCAAGUUCCCGCCAAUCACCUCCCAUCCUCAACAGUUGCUCUCCCCAUUAUUACCUCCCAAGAAAACCACCACUGAAGCCCAUCCUCUCCAAUUUUUGCCCACAAAUACUUUGGGACUGCAGCUGCUGUGAAAGUUCCCACUCUACUGUCUUUGGGAUUGCAACUGCUCUCUGGAAGUUCCCACUCUGAUUUUUCUUACUCUCCAGAGGGACUGUGCAAGAAGGAUCUCCUCCCCUUAAAAUAUCAUCAUCGGCCCCUAGUGCGGUGGGUGGAAUGGAGUCCCUGAAACGUGGGUGUCUGGCCCUCGUUUGCUUGGACUCCAUAAGCUCUAUACUUUUAAGACAACCUUCAACGUUCUUUCCUCUCUUCUGACCCCUUCUUUGUUUACAUCCCUUGUUUGUCUUUUUUUAAGAUUCUGUAUGCCAAAGAGACCCAAAGCGUUGAGAUCACAAGACCUACGUCCUCCCAACCCUUACCGUCUUUUGAGAACCAUCGAAUCGCUAGGUAGGGCCAAAACAAACGCGUAAAUCCCACACUACAUCCUAUACAUUAGUAACGAGGAGCACAGCAACAGGAAGAGGAGAACUGCUACCUUUUCUCUUCACAUAUCGUUCUUUGGGGAGAAGACACACACACACACAGAGGAAGGGGGAAAAAUGGGUAACUGUGCGUUUAGAGGUUUUGGAGAGGGAGGUGGGUUGAUGAUAAAGGUAGUGACGUUCAACGGCGGCGUGAUGGAGCUCCAUCCGCCGGUCACCGUGGAGUGCAUCACCAAUGGGUUCCCGGGCCAUGGCAUCUUUCGGAGCCGUGACCUCUUCUCGAAGCCGCUUCUUCACAACGAAGAGCUCGUCGGAGGGGAACUAUACUAUCUCCGCCCCCUUACCGACACCCACAAGGGCCUCCCCUCCCUCGUCGCUCCUUACCGCGUGUCCUUCGACCACCAUGGGUUCUGGAGGAGGCAAGACAUGGAGGUGGUGCCCAAGUUUCACGCGAAUAGCGGCAAUGGAGGUGGGGUUGGUGGGGUGUGGAAGGUGAAGCUAGUGAUAAGCCCGACACAGCUCAACGAGAUCCUGUCACAGGAUUCGAGGACCGAGGCGUUGAUAGAGAGCGUGAGGACGGUGGCCAAGUGUGGCAAUGGAGCGGCCUCAGUGGCGAGCUCGGAUCAAUGGAGCUUGGCUAGCAGCAGGAAGGUUUCUUCCGAGAGCAUGGAUUAGAAGAAAGAAGCUUUUUUUCUUUCUUGGGGUUGCGCUACUAAUAACAUAUAAUUGCGAGGUAAUGUUAAUACUAUGAGUCUCUGACUCUGUUUUCCUUUGUAAUAUCAGUUUGAUGACUUUGGUGUCCUCUGAGACACUUUGGUGUGCUUUAUCUCCUUUUUCUUUCUGUGGGAGUGUUGGUGCUAUCAUGGCGGUGCAUGUGGAGCUGUCCUUUGUUGUGAUGUUUUUAUCUUUUUUUUUCUUUUCUUCUUUUUCCCCUUUUUCCUUGAGAAGAGGAAUGGAAAUGUAGAGUCUGACAAAGGAAAUCUUAGAAGAUGGAUUCGCUUUCUUAUGUUGCUGAAGGAUUGGAUUUAGCCUCAUGAUGUACAAGUGUUUGGAGAUGGAUUUAUGACCAAUCCAAAGGGCAUUGAGUUGUAUGCCUUGUUAUGUUGUUUUGCAGCAGCCAAAGGUUUGGUUUGCUUUAUCUACUCGUGUUGUAAAUUUGUUCAAGUAUAUUAAAAUGUUGAUCUUUGGAUCUCUUGUU